CAAAAAACACAUUUAGACAGCUAAGAGUUCAUUGCAAAAGCCAAAGCUUUCUUUUGGUUGCCCCCAUAACAUAAAUCUUUCUGUCUUCACGUUACAACGUAAUAAAAAUUUCGACCACAAACUGACAAGAUCGUAUACUACACACGUAUCCAAACCGUAUAUUAUACGGUCUUCUCCUUCAUCUCUUACAAAACACAGACACAACGAAAACUCUUUCUUCCUCUCAGUCUCUCUCAAUGUUCCAUCUCAUUCUCCUCUGUUCUUUACUCUCACUAUUCCUCCUCCCGCCGGCAACCCUCGCCGCCGUGAGUGAUGACGAGUACCUGAAGCUUCCCUUACUACGUAAAUCACCGUUACCUUCUCCGACACAAGCUCUCGCUUUAGACACUCGCCGUCUCCAUUUCCUCUCUCUCCGCCGUAAACCCAUCCCAUUCGUCAAAUCCCCGGUAACCUCCGGAGCUUCUUCCGGGUCGGGUCAAUACUUCGUGGAUCUCCGAAUCGGGCAACCGCCUCAGUCCCUCCUCCUAAUCGCCGAUACAGGAAGCGAUCUCGUUUGGGUGAAAUGCUCCGCCUGCCGGAACUGCUCUCACCAUUCUCCGGCCACCGUCUUCUUCCCUCGCCACUCCUCCACAUUCUCUCCCACUCACUGCUACGACCCGCUUUGUCGACUCGUACCCGGACCCGUCCGUGCUCCGAAAUGUAACCACACACGGAUCCACUCCACGUGUCACUACGAGUACGCUUACGCGGACGGUUCAUUAACUUCAGGUUUAUUCGCUACCGAAACGACGACGUUGAAGACGAGCUCCGGUAGAGACGCGUAUCUGAAAAGCGUCGCUUUCGGAUGCGGGUUUCGGAUCGCGGGUCAAAGCGUCUCGGGUGCGAGUUUUAACGGAGCCCAUGGAGUAAUGGGCUUGGGCCGUGGGCCUAUUUCUUUCGCUUCUCAGUUGGGCCGUCGUUUCGGUAACAAGUUUUCUUAUUGUUUAAUGGAUUACACUCUCUCCCCACCCCCUACGAGUUACCUCAUAAUAGGAAACGGUAACGGCGUUAGAUCCAAGCUGUUAUUCACUCCGUUACUAACGAAUCCGUUCUCUCCUACGUUUUACUACGUCAGAUUGAAAUCAAUCUCCGUUAACGGCGUGAAGUUACAAAUCCACCCUUCCGUUUGGGAGAUCGACGGUUCAGGUAACGGCGGAACCGUCGUGGACUCCGGCACAACCCUCGCGUUUUUAGCCGAUCCGGCGUAUCGCCUCGUGGUGGCGAAUUUCAGACGGCGGAUCCGGCUGCCGAUCGCGGCGGCGCCGACUCCGGGGUUCGAUCUGUGCGUUAACGUCUCCGGCGUUGCGAAACCGGAGAAGUUCGUGCCGAGGUUGAAAUUGGAGUUCGCCGGCGGGGCGGUGUUCGUUCCGCCGCCGAGGAAUUACUUUAUCGAGACGGAGGAGAAUGUUCAGUGUCUGGCGAUUCAGGCGGUGAACCCUAAGGUUGGAUUCUCGGUGAUCGGGAAUUUGAUGCAGCAAGGGUUCUUGUUCGAGUUCGAUAGGGAUAGGUCGCGGCUGGGUUUUUCUCGUCGCGGUUGCGGUUUGCCGUGAUGAUUCGCCGGAAUAUGUUUCGAAGAUUCUUUUUUUUUAUAAUCGUUUUUUUUUUUUACUUUCUUUCUUUUUUCCCUUGGAAGUACGAGACUGGGAGACGGUUCACUGUUACCGAAAAUAGGAAUAAAAUAAUGUUUUUUUGGAGUUUGUAUUAUUUUCGGAUUGGGAAAUACAAUAUUAAAUGUAUCACCGCCAAAGAAAAAAAUGAGCAUAAUAAGAGUAAUUUUCAUUGUAAGGCAGAUUCGUGUUU